AUGCGCCGGGUGAACAUGCACAUGCGCCGGGUGAACAUGCGCAUGCGCCAGGUGAACAUGCGCAUGCACCGGGUGAACAUGCGCAUGCGCCGGGUGAACAUGCGCAUGCGCCAGGUGAACAUGCGCAUGCGCCAGGUGAACAUGCACAUGCGCCGGGUGAACAUGCCCAUGCGCCGGGUGAACAUGCACAUGCGCCGGGUGAACAUGCGCAUGCGCCAGGUGAACAUGCGCAUGCGCCGGGUGAACAUGCGCAUGCGCCGGGUGAACAUGCGCAUGCGCCGGGUGAACAUGCGCAUGCGCCAGGUGAACAUGCGCAUGCGCCGGGUGAACAUGUGCAUGCAGUUCAACAGGCCAUCUCCGUGUGCUCUUCCUCACGCCCAGGGUUGUGAGCAGCUUCACCCACCUGGGCCAGCGGUUGAGGAGCGGUGGCGGCGGCAGCGACGGGCGAGUGAGUGGUGUUCGCUCAUGCGACGUGCUGCUCCCCCGGCACUCCCUCCUGCCGUGGCACCGUGCAACCGAGCAGUGAUUGGUGGUGAGUGGUUUGGAGGGCGAGAGGGUGGGGGAAGGGGUGGGUGGAUGGGGGUUGCGGGGCCCCAAUCUCCUCCAACAGAACUCUCGCCAACCGCUGAACCAAAAAAUGGUGUGGCACGUGUGAGUGUGCGAGCGUGGGUGCGCGGAGAGAUGUGUUUGCGAAUCCAGCUUGCACUUGUUGGCACAUCGCACACAUUGCCUCUCCCUCUCAUUGCCUCUCCCUCUCAUUGCCUCUCCCUCUCAUUGCCUCUCCCUCUCAUUGCCUCUCCCUCUCAUUGCCUCUCCCUCUCAUUGCCUCUCCCUCUCAUUGCCUCUCCCUCUCAUUGCCUCUCCCUCUCAUUGCCUCUCCCUCUCAUUGCCUCUUCUCUCAUUGCCUCUUCUCUCAUUGCCUCUCCCUCUCAUUGCCUCUCCCUCGCAUUGCCUCUCCCUCGCAUUGCUUCCCUUACUCAUCACUCCCCCAUCCCCUUGCCUCUCCCAUUUAUUCCCUCUCAUUGUCACUCAGUACCACUGUACCUCGAGAAAAAAACAAGAUUUGUCGACCGUGUGUGGAUAGACAUGUUUUCCAAUUGUGACCUGCCUGCCGCUGCUCCCACGGGGAGCGAGGGUGCAGUGCAAGCAGGGUGCAGCAAGACACGAGGCAGCAACAGCAGCGCUGCAGACAGCAAUGCUCCAGACAUCAGCGAUGCAGACAGCACACCUCUUGCUGCAGGGCUACUGCCUGGGGAAAAACCAGUGCGGGGAGCAUAUGGGGGAGAGAGCAUAGGAAUAGUAGCAGCAUGCGUGGCAGCAGUUGAAGGCACACGCAUGGCAGGGGAAGGAACUUCACUACAUUCAUUGGUGCAUGCCAUACAGGCCAUGCUGUGUGCGCCCUCCCCUGCAUCUGCUCACUCAUCCCCGCCUGCACCGCUGCUCACCCCGCCCGCUGCCGCACUCUCACAAGCCCUGUCGCCAACUCAAGCUGCACACAAGAUUAAAGGCGCAUGA